AUGGGGGAUGAACAUCGCAGAAGAGAUCAGUCUGCAGCUCCAACGGGAGCAGCUACGGAGCCAGAGACAACAGCGGCAAGAGAACAAGCAACAGGUGUUUCUGAUACUGUUGCUUCCGCUACUAGUUGCAGUUGCGGCAGCUGCCGGUUUCCUGCACGCCACUAUUUCUGCGGUCCCUCUGAAUCCUCAUUCCGACGUGCAAUUCAGCCCAGCCCUCUCGAAGCCCCUCCCCGGCGCUGUCUCGUGCAGCAGUUUGUCCGCUGCGGUUACUGCACCGGCAGCAGUCAUGGGAAGAAGGGAUCUCUCGUUCUUCGUGAACUCUUGCCCAUAGAGGCUCUCACGGAGUUAAGCGGGUACCUCCUGGGCAAUUUAUUGACCUCCCUUGUCUUCCCUUUUUGUGUGUCCGAUGCAGAGCCCUGUUGUUCUUUUCUCAGAAGCAGUAACAAAAGCAGCAGCCACAACAGCAAUACAAGCGCCUGUGAGUGCACUGUCCUGUUGCGCCAGCAGCGUAAGGGAUUCGUUUUCAUUGCAGACAGACUGAGAGCGCAGCGGCAGGGUCUGCUACUGCACAUGCAGCGGUGCGAGCAUACGAAGCAGAACCAGCAGCAGCAGAAUUUGACGCCUGCACUAGUAGUGUCCCAGUUAUUCCGCAGUAUCCGCUUUAUGUUGUUCGCGGAGGUGUUCUGGGGAGGGCGUCUCUACCACACAGAAGCAAAGGACGGAUACAGCUGCAGUUGCUGCAGCAGUUGCUUCACUUGUGGGAAGCCAGCCCUGCAGAAGCUGCAGCAACUGUAUGCAACGCCAGCUGUGUGCAGGAGCACUGUAGAAAUAGCCAGCGUCUGCAGCAGACAACAAAAUGAGGCAGAGACCGCGCAAAGGGCUGCUUCCUUCCCCGCAAGCCUGAACCGCCUACUCCUUAGCGGAACUUUCUCUUCGAUGCUGCAGCAGCUGCAACAAGUGGCCAGCGCAGUGACAGGAAAGCAGAUUCAGCAGCCAGUAGCACAACGGCAGCACUUUGCUGCACUAUUGCAGGCGCUGCAGAUGGACGCUGCAAGCUUAGAUGAACUUUUCGCUGCCCUGAUGCUUUAUGAGCUGCUUCUGCCCCCACUGCAACAACAGCAGCAGCAGCAGGUGUUUCUGCUUCAGCGGUUGAUGCUCCUUGUGGGCAAAGAUGGAUGGAAGCAACUGCGCCUCUGCCGCUUAGCCCUUCGACUCAUCUCCGAAGCAUCGCUUGGGAAUAUAUGCAGGGUACUGCGCACAUCGGCCCGGCUUCCCUUUCUGCUACAGGCUGCAGUAUACAGGCACCUGGAUGCGCUUCGGGCUAGUGCUAUCGCCGCCGUGGUUGCUGCAGCACCUUUAGGGGGGCACAGCGUGUCCCUGCAGCGUCUCGCUGCUCUCCUUGGCUGUUCUGUUAGCUCUGCUCUGCAAUUGUGCCUUCAGCUUCCGCUUCAACGGCGGCUGUCUCAGCGGGACCAGCAGCCAGGGCAAAAGGGGCAGGUAGCCAACCUACGCUUUUCUCGUCGCGGGGAGAUUAACUAUGUAUUUUGUAAUCGCGUGGGCAAUGCUUCGCUAGUGACUAGUGAUCCACAGCUUCUGGAUCUGCUGAAGUUCAGCAAGGUGCCUUAUGGCGACGACUGGCUGCGCACGCAGCCUCCUAAAGACACACUACAGGUAGCACCCCACAACCGUACAGAGCUCCGGGAACUGAUGCUGCACGGAAAUUGCCAACAGUAA